AACAUAUAAAAAAAGGCACAACCCUGGUUUUUCUCUCCCACUCUUUCUCUUCCUCUCCUCCGUCAAAGCUCCUUCUCUCGCUCUCUCUCUCCGUCGUCGCAAGUCGUCCCCGGAUCGCUCGAAACCAAGGCGAACCAACAUGUCGUGCUACAAGGGCAAGUACGCUGAUGAGCUCAUCGCCAAUGCUGCCUACAUCGGUACCCCUGGGAAGGGUAUUCUAGCUGCUGAUGAAUCGACCGGCACCAUCGGCAAGCGGUUGUCCAGCAUCAAUGUUGAAAAUGUGGAGACCAACAGGCGCAUCCUCCGCGAACUCCUCUUUACCGCUCCCGGAGCUCUCCCGUGCCUUAGUGGCGUGAUUCUGUUCGAGGAAACUCUCUACCAGAAGACCGCCGCUGGUAAGCCCUUCGUUGAUGUCCUGAAGGAAGGUGGAGUACUUCCUGGCAUUAAGGUUGACAAGGGCACAGUUGAGCUCGCUGGCACAAAUGGCGAGACCACCACUCAGGGUCUCGAUGGCCUUGCUCAGCGAUGCCAGCAAUACUAUGCAGCCGGUGCUCGUUUUGCCAAAUGGCGUGCUGUGCUCAAGAUCGGCCCAACUGAGCCAUCUCAGCUUGCUAUCAACGAGAACGCAAAUGGAUUGGCGAGGUAUGCCAUUAUCUGCCAGGAGAAUGGUCUGGUCCCCAUUGUGGAGCCCGAGAUCUUGGUUGAUGGUUCCCACAGCAUUGACAAGUGCGCCGACGUGACCGAGCGUGUUCUUGCUGCUUGCUACAAGGCCCUAAACGACCACCAUGUGCUCCUCGAGGGAACCUUGUUGAAGCCCAACAUGGUCACCCCCGGAUCGGACGCCCCCAAGGUUGCGCCGCAGGUCAUUGCUGAGUACACCGUCCGUGCCCUGCAGCGAACAGUGCCUGCUGCCGUUCCGGCCGUCGUCUUCUUGUCCGGUGGGCAGAGCGAGGAGGAGGCCACUCUCAACCUCAAUGCCAUGAACAAGCUCAAGGGCAAGAAGCCAUGGAGCCUCUCCUUCUCCUUUGGUCGGGCCCUACAGCAGAGCACCUUGAAGGCAUGGGCUGGAAAGGAAGAGAACAUUCCCAAGGCACAGGCCGCAUUGCUCAGAAGAUGCAAGGCGAACUCAGAGGCCACUCUCGGAACUUACAAGGGCGAUGCUCAACUCGGCGAGGGCGCUUCCGAGUCUCUCCAUGUUAAGGACUACAAGUACUAAAUGCGAAUCUAGGCUAUGCGAUACUAGUGUUUGUGCUUGGUUUGUUUCGAGGAUUACUGACCGCGCUAAUAAGGUUUGAGUUUUGGCAAUGGUAGUUAAAAUUGCUUUUCAUUGUUGAUUUUGAGAACUCGCGGCCUUUUUCUUGUUGCUUGCUUCAUGUUUAUGGAUGCUUUUGAGGAAAGAAUACAUCUUUGUGCGUUGUUGAGAAAA